GCAAACCUAUCAUCAACAAUCAUCUACUUUACUCAACAAAAAUAAAUCAUGGAAUCAAUUGUGGAUGUGUCACCGUGCCUAGGGAAGGAUUCAUGGCCAGAGCUAGUGGGGAAGAAGGGUGAAGAGGCGGUUGUUGUGAUAGAGGGUGAGAAUCCGUUUGUGCAUGCGAUAAUCCUGUUAGACGGAACUCCCGUCACCUUGGAUUUCCGCUGUGAUCGCGUCCGAGUUUGGGUUGAUGAAUGUGGAUACGUCCUUCGCCCUCCCGUCAUCACUUAAAAUUAUAUAUUUUGGAGUCGGCCUCAAAUCCAUCUUUCAUUUUUCCUUAUUUAAUUUUAAAGUUAUGUCGAAUAAACUGUUGGAUCUGUUGCCAAGUAUUGCUCCUAAUGUAUGCCGAUAAAGGCCCAAUAAUUAAAUAAAUUGUAUCUUGUGUGUCUUGUUAAA